AUGAGGCUCUCUGUUGUUUCCCUGGCAGCUAUCGCGCCCUUAGUUGCCGCCCAUUUUAAACUCGAAUACCCCGCAAGCCGCGGUCAAAAUGAAGACAAAAUGAGCCAAUUCCCCUGCGGUGGUCUCUCUGCCUCCUCAGACCGCACCAAGGUCUCCCUGUCUGAUGGCACCCUUCCUGUCGCCGUUAGUUUGGGCCAUUCACAGACCGCUAUGGAAGUGCUUCUGGCUCUGGGAAAUGAUCCCGGCAGCAACUUCAACAUCACGCUUAGGCCGACUUUUCGCGUGGAGGGACUGGGCGCUUUCUGUAUCCCAGAUAUCGCUUUCGAUACGUCAGCGGUGGGCCUGAAUUUGACCGACGGCAUGAACGCAACUAUCCAAGUGCAGAGCAAUGGUGACCCCUCGGGAGGUCUCUAUUCUUGCGCCGAUAUUCAGUUUUCUUCGUCUACAAAACCCGAGCAACCCUCUUCCUGCAAGAACAAUACUGGCGUCAAGUCCACCCCGUUCACCGGGGAUUCGGCAAGGCGCAAUGCUAACGAGUCCACUGCUGAUGGCAAGGCUCAGGGCGGCUCGUCAUCCUCUCCCUCUUCCUCUUCCUCUGGCAACUCCCCCGCUUCGACUGGUGGGGCUGUUGCAUUGGAGACUGCCGCUUGGGGAAUGUUGGGCGCUGCAGUUAUUGGCGGUAUGACGAUUCUGUAA